GCUUUUGUGGAAUAUGAUGUGGAGUUGACGUGAAGCACCAUUGACGGUACUUUUAACGAUAACAGAUCAAUGACUAACGUUUUGAAAUGUUUUGAAAGGUUUGUCAAUUAUUUUGUAUUUUCAAAAGUUUAGUUAAUAUUUUUUCAGUUUGACUAAUAAAUUGUAUUUACUUUUAUUAUUAUGAAGAACUGAUACUACUUUUUUUUGCAUUAAUUCACUUUUGGAGAGGAAAAGUGAACCUGAUACAAUGUAGCAUUUACAUAUUUGCUCGCAACCAAGCAGUAAAGUCGAAACUCGACAACACCAGGGUGAAAAAAAAACAUAGUGAGCAACCAAAUGUGGUUAAUAGCAUUUUGUACCCUUAUAUUAUCGCAAUUUAAAAAAUAUAUCCUUCUACUAAAUUUUCGCACAUAGUCUGUUAAUAUUAAAAAGUAAAGAGUAUACCCUUCUGCCAAUUUUUCUGUUAAUUAACCAUUUAAUGUGCUGAUAAAUUAUCCAAAUACCCUAAUUUAAUCCUAAUUUCAAUUUAAUUAUUUUAUAUGUCCCAAACCAAAAUAAUUAAAAGUGAAAAUCUACAAACUCCCAAUUUUUCUCUUCGACAGCAGAGUUUCCGUCUUCCGCGCCCAUCUUCGACUCUAAAUGGAACUCUGGUUUCGACAUUGAUGGACCCCGAAGUGAAUAGGAUGAUGGGUCAGACAGGGAGGGACGAAGCGGGCCUCAUCGAUCAGCAAGGACUCGUUGGCCCAGUACGCGUUUCGACAACGAGUAGAAGCAGGAGCGGAUCCGCAGUAGCUUGCCAUGUAGUCUAGGAACUUUACUUGUUUCAUAUUUGAAUCAUGGGUUAGUUAUUGAAUGAGUCAGAGGUUAGGUUGUUUGCUGAAUAAUCUCCUCCACCUUAAGUGGGGUUGAGUAGUUGGGGUGUUAGCUACCUUUCAGCUUAUUGUUAUUCUCGAUUCUAUUUAUGUUGGGAAGAAAUGGAAUAAGGCAAGCAAGUAUUAUUCUGCAAAAGCAUCCCUGGUCCUUCUCACCAAGAAAAGAGAACACUGGCUAAAUCCCGCCAAUAAAGUGGAUCCAUCCAAUCUUUCAAUUUCGAUCCGUAUCAUUUGGUAUCAGAGCCCGGCAUGGGCACUCACGCAACCGUAUCGAAGCACUGGAAGCAGCUGGCCAAGAGAAUCAACUUACGUUGAAGGCGAUCCUUGAUCAAUUGGUUGCCGUGCAACUUACCAUGUCCCAGAUAGCGCAAUAACGAACUAAGUCGGAGGAGGGCGAGAAAUCAGUCACCGACAAUGGUCGGCGACCGCCGCCUGACGACUUUGACGAUCAGGAUGGCCGACCGUUCUUUGGAGCAAAGCUGGCCCGACUGGAAUUCCCUACCUUCUCGGGGGACAAUAUGACCGUAUGGUUCUCAAGGGUGGAGCAGUUUUUCUCGUUCCAGCGGAUCCCCGAAGAUCAGAAGGUCAACCUUGCGUCCUACCAUCUCGAGGGCGACGCGAAUCAAUGGUGGCAAUGGCUCCGGCAAACCUACCAAACCGAGGGUCUCCAUAUCAUGUUGGACACCUUCUCCUCGGAGUUAUGGACUCGAUUCGGAACAAGAGCUGGCACCGGAUUCGACGAAGCCUUAUCUCCCAUCCGUCAGACGGGGACGUUGAAAGACUACUUGACGGAGUUCGAACGGCUAGGCAAGACUCUCCCUAUUUUCCACACCCUCGACCCCCUGCUUCCAUCGAAGGCGAGCACAAGUCGCUGCCAGCUAACGUCAAUCAUCGACCGCGGCCUCCGGGAUCCAAGCGUCUCAGUUACGAAGAGAUGCACCGCCGACGCCAAUUGGGGCUAUGCUUCAAUCGCGAUGAGCCCUAUUCCGCUACUCACCGCUGUCAGGGCAGAAAACUUUGGUUGAUGUGGGACGAUGACGGCGAUGAUGAUAUGGAAGAAGCAGAGGUUUCGUUCCACGCCAUCACGGGCUGGGCCAAGGGACGAACACUCCGGGUUUGGGCCGAGAUCAAUGGAACUCGACUGAUGGCCCUCAUCGAUAGUGAGUUGACCCACAAUUUCAUCAGUUCCCGGGCCGCCGAGCAGCUUAAACUCGCCGUCUCCUAGAUACCAGUGCUACAAGUUAAGAUCGCCGACAUGAGGCCCCUGGAAUGCCUCGGAAAAA